AGCUGACUGAGGCGGUGGCGGCCUCGCGGGAACAACCGUCGGAGACGUAGGCUCCUGUGGCGGCGGAAGAGCUUGCCUGGCGCGUCGCUGAGGGGUCGGCGAGGCCCAGGGGCGGCUGCAGCACCAUGGCGACCACCGUCAGCACGCAGCGAGGGCCGGUGUACAUUGGCGAACUCCCACAGGACUUCCUCCGCAUCACACCCACACAGCAACAACAACAGAUCCAGCUGGAUGCCCAGGCUGCACAGCAGCUGCAGUAUGGAGGGGCAGUGGGCACCGUGGGCCGCCUCAGCAUUACUGUUGUGCAGGCAAAGUUGGCAAAGAAUUAUGGCAUGACUCGUAUGGACCCCUACUGCCGCCUUCGCCUGGGCUAUGCAGUGUAUGAGACACCCACAGCCCACAAUGGCGCCAAGAACCCCCGCUGGAACAAAGUCAUCCAGUGCACGGUGCCCCCCGGUGUCGACUCGUUCUACCUUGAGAUCUUCGAUGAGCGAGCCUUCUCUAUGGAUGAUCGCAUUGCCUGGACCCACAUCACCAUCCCUGAGUCCCUGAAGCAGGGCCAGGUGGAGGACGAGUGGUACAGCCUUAGUGGGAGGCAGGGCGACGACAAGGAGGGCAUGAUCAACCUGGUCAUGUCCUACACGGCACUGACUCUUGUGGAGGCCUCUGCCUUCCCUGCAGACCCUGCCUGUGGGGUUGAGCCAG